UUAUAAGCAACACUUAGAGCAACACCAAACAGCUUUCCUACCACCACCGACCUCUGAACUUUUAUCCAUUAAGGUUUACUUCAAGGGACACGAAUGCAUCAGGCUACUUCGUACGCCUUUUAAUAAACUGGAAACCCGUUAAUAGACAUUCAGAAUAUGUUUGGAAGGCAUUCACGCUACAAGUGGGCUGUUCAUCAUUUUAACUUUGAUUAGAAAUAAUUCUAGCUUUAAAAAAAAAUUGGUCAGAGAUUCACUAAAAAAGUGCAACUUCAGGUGAUAGUGAAAGAGUUUGCGGAUUUCCCUGUCUGCUUGUGGAUACCUCAGUAUACCUCAUUAUAAAGACUCAAUCAGAUGUUAAGAUGUGGGCCCUUGGAGUAACCUACUUCCUUUGGAGACACGAAGCUGGACACUGCAGUAAGUUCUGGGAGGUGAUCAGUGACGAACAUGGCAUCGACCCCACUGGAAACUAUGUGGGUGACUCAGACCUCCAGCUCGAGAGGAUCAGCGUUUACUACAACGAAGCUUCCUCCUCCAAAUAUGUUCCCAGAGCCAUACUGGUGGAUCUGGAGCCAGGCACCAUGGACAGCGUACGAUCUGGAGCUUUUGGCCAUCUCUUCAGACCUGAUAACUUCAUUUUCGGUCAAAGUGGCGCAGGUAACAACUGGGCUAAAGGUCACUACACAGAAGGAGCGGAGCUAGUGGACUCGGUCCUGGAUGUAGUGCGGAAGGAAUGUGAGAACUGCGACUGCCUCCAGGGUUUCCAGCUCACCCACUCCCUCGGAGGGGGCACAGGCUCUGGCAUGGGCACGCUGUUGAUCAGCAAAGUGAGAGAAGAAUAUCCCGAUCGCAUCAUGAACACCUUCAGCGUGGUCCCUUCCCCUAAAGUGUCUGACACCGUGGUGGAGCCCUACAAUGCCACGCUAUCCAUCCACCAGCUGGUUGAGAACACAGACGAGACAUACUGCAUUGACAACGAAGCCCUAUACGACAUUUGCUUCCGCACACUCAAGCUGGCCACACCCACUUACGGUGACCUCAACCACCUGGUCUCAGCUACCAUGAGUGGAGUCACGACCUCACUGCGCUUCCCAGGCCAACUGAAUGCUGACCUGCGCAAGCUGGCCGUCAACAUGGUCCCCUUCCCUCGCCUGCACUUCUUCAUGCCUGGAUUCGCUCCUUUGACAGCACGUGGCAGCCAACAGUACCGUGCUCUUACUGUUCCUGAGCUCACACAGCAGAUGUUUGAUGCCAAAAACAUGAUGGCCGCUUGCGAUCCACGUCACGGACGCUACCUCACCGUGGCCACCGUAUUCCGAGGCCGCAUGUCCAUGAAGGAAGUGGAUGAGCAGAUGCUGGCUAUCCAGAGCAAGAACAGCAGCUAUUUUGUCGAAUGGAUCCCCAACAAUGUCAAGGUUGCCGUGUGCGACAUUCCACCCCGGGGCCUCAAGAUGUCCUCCACCUUCAUUGGCAACAGCACGGCCAUCCAGGAGCUGUUCAAACGCAUCUCCGAGCAGUUCACAGCCAUGUUCAGGCGUAAGGCUUUCUUGCAUUGGUACACUGGUGAAGGUAUGGAUGAAAUGGAGUUCACUGAGGCUGAAAGCAACAUGAACGACCUGGUGUCUGAGUACCAGCAGUACCAAGAUGCCACAGCUGAGGAAGAAGGAGAGAUGUAUGAGGAUGAUGAGGAGGAGUCAGAGGCCCAGCUUCAAAAGUAAACACUCAUGAAGUAGCCAUUAUGAUCAUCUGCGACAACCUUUCUCUAAAACCGACCUGUUAUCAUGCUACCGGCUAAAAUAUCUUAAUCUUUCACUUCUCUUACAGGUAGAUUAAACUUCAUUAACCAUUUGUGCCACUUACAGCAGAAAUUCUCUUUACUGUGCCAUAACAGCUUCUUGAUGGUACUGUAUUUGUUGUUUAGUGUUGUUCUCUGACCAAUCCUAAAUAAA